UAAAAAAAAAAGCUUUUAAAAAUUAGGAAUUUUACAAAGUGUCCUCAGGGGUCAACUUUCCUCCUCCAAUUCCCCAUCAAAAUGCCACUGACCUCUGUUUUCACUGCUAUAUUUUAACACUGCCAGAACAAGGAGAAAAGAAAAAUUAAAGAGCCUUCGACCUUUCAGUUGUUAGGUUAUAUCUUUAUGUUCGUUACUGAUGAAAAUCAUGCCCUGUGCUUGAUAUUUUCACCGAUUCAGUCCCCUGUAUGUGCAAAACACUUCCCUGUUCCAAUUGGAAUGGUUAGAGUGUUUGGGUCUCCGUAACCUUGUGACCACUGUCUGUAUAGUUUCACUAAAACACAACAGCCAAUCACCAUUGUCCAUAUCCAUGGCGUACCAUGCUAAUGGCAAACUAAUGAGGCUGUGUCAGCUUUAAAUGGCGAGCCUUUCCUGUCAAUUCUUAAUUUUCCUGGGAUAGUCUGGAUAUUCAGCCAUGGCUAAUAGGCCACAGCUUCAACUCUCCUGCUCGCUGGCAUUGGUAAUUCUUGCCUUUGCUGUUAGUUCAGUCACCAAUGCAACUGUACAAGCCGCAACAUUGUGCAACCACUUCAAAAGCGAUUUUCUACCUGCGCAAAACCGAUAUCUGCAGGGAGCUUCGUAUCAAGAAACCGUAGCAACAUCCCACAUUCAUUGUGUGAGGGACUGCCAUGCUGACCCCGGUUGCUUGUCGGUGAACUAUAACACUCUCAAGCGAACCUGUGAGCUGAGAAAUCUCUCUCGAGGAAACUCUCCAGACAACUUGGUUACACUCUACGGCAGCGUGUACUUUGAUGCUAAUGAAGACACGCCACUUCAUUCCAUUACCUCUCGUUACACUAGCUGUAUGGAGCUCCUGGAGGAAGGUCACACUGCAAAUGGUAUCUAUACCAUAUUCCCUGCCCCAUUCGGCAUUGAUGGCUUGCAGGUCUACUGCGACAUGAACACAGCUGACGGGGGAUGGAUGGUAAUUCAGAGGCGUCAAGACGGCAGCGUCGACUUCUUCCGCAACUGGACUGAGUACCAGGAGGGUUUCGGUAGCUUGUCGGGGGAGUUCUGGUUUGGAAACGAAAAUCUACGCAGUUUGACCAGAGCGGGAACAUGGCAGCUUCGAGUUGACCUACAGGACUGGGACAAUGAGCGCGUCUACGCAGAGUAUGGAGCGUUCAGAGUCUCGGGUGACAACUAUCAGCUCACUGUAGGCUCGUACAAUGACAACAGCACGGCUGGAGAUGCAAUGACAAGCAUGCACAAUGGCAAGUUGUUCUCGACAAAAGACAAAGACAAUGACAUGCACCCAGCAGGAAGCUGUGCCGAAGAGGAUCACGGCGCAUGGUGGUACAACUGGUGCUAUCAAGCAAAUCUGAACGGCAAGUUCUAUGGUAGGCGUGUAAUUGAACUAAAUAGUAUUAGAUGGACUCCGUGGAAAAAACCACAAUCUGUCAAGAAAGCUAGCAUGAAAAUACGUAAAGCAUCUAAAUGAAAAAUAUAAUAUGUUUCAUUUCUAGAAUUUGUGCUCAUCACAAAAUCAAUUCAGUUUACAGCGAGCUAUUCCCCCAGGAAGAGCUGUUAAGUUUUAUUUUCUUACGCACAUGAGCACAUUGGUGACCUUAAUAACAGAGACGUAACAGGGUUAAGAAUCUUCUUGAAAGCUUUACUGGCUUUAAACACGUCUUGUCAUGCUAGUCUAAAACAACCGUUUUAAACUUUUGACACUGAAAAAACAUUAUUUCAAAUCAUGAAAUAAACUACCUUAGUUCUAUGUCAAAUUGUUUGCUUUGAAAAUAACUACGUAUUAUAAAAUUUUCAAGAAGUCAUCAAAUAAAGUUUGAACUGUUCUUUUGUAAAUGUUAGGAUAGCAACUUCAAAAUAGACUGUGUGUCAAACAGAAAUUAAAGUUUUAGUUAAAAAAUUGUCCUCACAUGAAAAUGUACUUAAUGCAUACUAAUUUCGAAGAACGAUGUGUGGUGAAGUG